AGGCUCCUCCCCAACAACAGAUUCCGACCUCCAACGAGAAGCGAGGCUGCCACAUUGAAGAGGAACAAAAAGGCGACCUGACAUCGCUUUCUACACUCCCUCCACUUUCUUCGGGGUAGUCACGGGAUUUCAAUGUUCAGUCUGCUCUUUGGUUUCCGUUCCGACUUGAGCCGCACCUAUAUGGCGUGUGUGAGCCGAGAGUUCUGCCAGGCACAGCACCUCACGUCUGCGGAGAAGUGAACCGGCCGCCACUUCUUCAGGGACUACGCUACCCAGAAACCCCCCUGACGCUGCCUCCAACGUGCUCCUGGGAUACCGCGUAGUCCUCCACGGCCUGACAGCACUGCCCUGUCACCAAACGACCAAUACGAACAGACCUGAACUUAUCCACUUUCUCGCCUAACAGCCAAUCACAAAACAGCUCUCCUGAAUGGGCCGUCUCGCCAACAUGAACCGCCCCGCUGCAGUCGAGAUUAAAAGCGAGUGCAUGAGGUUCCUGAUCACCCAUAACCCCACCAACGCUACGCUCAACAAGUUCACCGAGGAGCUGAAAAAGUUUGAGGUGAACACGCUGGUUAGAGUUUGUGAAGCCACUUAUGAUAAAGCUCCAAUAGAGAAGGAGGGAAUCCAAGUCCUGGACUGGCCCUUCGAUGAUGGCGCGCCCCCUCCCACCCAAAUUGUAGACGACUGGUUGAAGUUGCUCAACACAAAGUUUCGAGAGGAGCCUGGCUGCUGCGUCGCCGUGCACUGUGUGGCUGGACUUGGCCGAGCUCCAGUCCUGGUGGCCUUAGCCCUCAUCGAAAGUGGAAUGAAGUAUGAGGACGCUGUGCAGUUCAUAAGACAGAAAAGACGUGGAGCCUUCAACUCCAAACAGCUCCUGUACCUGGAGAAGUACAGGUCCAAGAUGCGUCUGCGAUUCAAGGAUACUAACGGCCAACACUGCUGUGUGCAGUAAGCUGCGCGCGCUGCAGCUUUCCAUGCCUUUAGUUGGUAAUCUUCCACGAUAUGGGAGACCAGUAAAGAGUGCUGUCAGUAAUUAUUGUGAUUUGUUAACACUGAGACAUGGUUUAUCGAUCAGAGAAAAAAAAAGCAAGUGAAUGCAAUGCAUCCAGAUCUGGGCACCCACCAGCUGAACCAAUGAAUGGAAGGUCAAAGCACACCAGUAUUUUCAACCAUGGGCCACUAUAAUACUCUACUCGAGACCAUCCUGUUCCUUUUCAAUUGUAAUCAUUGGAUACUUUUUCAUUUUUAUGGAUUUUUACUUUUUACACAAAUAUUGAUGAUCGUGACAUUGAAUAUUUUAUCUUUUGUUUGAUCUGAUUAUGGACUGUGAUUUGGCUAAAAUUAUGUACUUUUUUCAGAACAUUUUCAAUAUUGUCAUUUCCAGGUGGGUUUGGUACACGAGGUCAAGGUUCACGUGAAAUGCAGUAAUGUUUUUUUUUGUCACUCUUUGCCACUCUUACUUAAAGGUUCACAGAGUUUAAAUGUCUCAAUAUUUAUUCACUAUGAUAUUUGUGGCUAUCAAAAGUAGAACAGGGGCGAUCACCUUGUUCAGUUUUCUAAAGAGCCAUGUAUUUCAUUUGAGUGCAAUAAUCUGUCCCCUCACCUCAGUGAAUAGACCAAAAGCCCUGCUGCCAUCCACGCAGGGAAAGCAGGUACUUGUUUGCCAUUUCUGUGACAGUAGGAGUUCUCAUGCAUAUUCAAAGUGGUUCAAAUAUUGCCUAGGAUCUAAACUGAAAGAUGGGACAAAGCUGAAAGAACAUGGUCAAUUUUGUAUCAUUGUACCCAUUUUGAAAAACACCCUGAAUUCGUAUUGGUUCUUUAAAUAUAAAUAAAACUCAUUAAAAA